AUGCAAAUGAUUUGGAUCGUCCCAAUUGUCACGCUUGGCUUUUGCCAAUUCCGAAACGUGCUAGCUCAACCUCAGGCUCCCGCUGCAGCACAGCCGCCACAACAAAAUUUGCAGGGUGUUGCUAUGGUCCCUAAUGCACAACAGCCUGGUCAACAAGCUCCUCAAGGUGCUGAUCAACAACCCCCAGAGCAAGGUCUUCCUCCCCAGCCACCGGUGCCUGUACAAAAUGUACCUAAAGAACCUGAAGUACCCGAAGCUUUGGUCGUUGAGAGGUUGGACGCCAUACCGGCUCCUCGCACAGACGCCGCGGACGCAGCAAAGGGCAGGGCUUAUAUGAAGGCUAUGAAUGUCCUGAAAAUCGAGGCACUGAUGUCACAUUUGGACUCCAAGAAAAACUUAAUAAAACAUUUGAGAAGUGUUAUUGGUGAUGGAUUCAUCGUAGCGUCCAGCGAUAUGCUUACCCGGCAGAUUGAUGCCAUAACAGUUGCGGAAAAGGCUGCUUUUGAUGGAGCUUUGGCUACAUAUACAGGCGCACUUAACAACGGGAAUGGUCAAGCAUUUUACGCAGCAAGCGAUGCACUGGUUGCCGCGUUACCUGCCGCCCACGCAGCCUACGACAAAUGGAUAAAACACAUCUUGCUAAUGGGUUACUCAUGGGGAAACAAAUCGGCAUACGAGGUUAUAAGGGUUACAUUGCAUUACACCUUCAAAAUGUAUGCCGAAAACCUCCGCAAGGUCUACACCACUCUUUCAGAUGUUGUUAAGCAUCUUGGUGUACCUGGUAAUGGUGACGAGCACAGGACGAAAAUUCUCGAAGCUUUUCAAAGCGCAGCAGCGGGUGUAACUUUCACCAAAGGAUCUUUUGAAAGCCCGCAUCACGUUGCAGCAGCUUAUCUGAAGUACGCCGAUAUGUUAACCAAAAACGAAGACGCUCUUAAUGCAGCAAAUGCGAUUGUGGGUUUGCUUAACGUCGCAUUCGGAGGACACGUACCCGCUGAACGCGCCCUCGCUCUCGCUCUAACGGAUGUCAAGGCAGUAUUAAAGAUGACCAACUAUAUGUCAUUGCUACCAGUCCGUAUGCAAGGACAGAACCUGACCGCUGAGAAAUGGCUGGAGCAUGCCGCAAUAUUGCGUUACAUCUCGUCAGUUGGUAUGAUGAAGAUGGCCCACCAUUGCCAUAGCCAAGUUAUGUCUCUGGCUCCCCAGGUGCAAAGUUUCAACCCUGCAACGUUCAGUAACAGCUACAACACUCUGGUGAAGGAUGCCUUGAGCUACAACACCGCAGCAGCGCAGCAUAUGUUCGAUACUGGUAACGCUCCGCACCGUCAGGCGGCCGAGGCUGCAAUUGUCGCCUUAAUGGCGGCCGUCGAACGUUUCAUCAUUGAAUACAAGGCUGCAAUGACAAACAUUGUAGAAAACAUGAACCCCGCCGAUAAGAUGAAUGGAGAAAUCAACACUCUGAAGACUGAUGCUAAAGUUUUGCAAGUCACCGUAACUUACGCAGCCCGUUUCUUGAGGUUUUACGGAACCCAAAUUGCGGAAGCCGCUGACGGAGCAUCUAACGAUGCAUAUGUCAAAGUUGCGAGGGUUGUAGACGAACAGGAGAAACUGGUAAACUACGCUGUAAGUCAGUUACAAAACAUGGCUGCUCCAGAAGGCAAAGAAGAGUUGAUGGCGACGGUAGCUACGUUGGAAAAGGUAGUGGAUGCAGCUCUGGCAGGGCUCAUGGAAUUCGACAACACAAUCCGUACCUGGUACACUCAGCCUGAUGAUCCAGCUAGACAUUCGAAGGUCAUCACUGAUAUGCGUAAAAUGCUGGAUGCCAUGGCUAGCGACAUUUUCGGUGGAAAUUCAGGUCAGGGUAGGGGAGGCAUGCAAAAGAAUGGAACUAAAGGAAAUGGCGUUGCAUCAUCAUUCUCCGUCCAAACCACCCUUAUUCUUGGAGCUACCAUUCUGCUAAUGACCUAA